AUGGCCAUGCUUGCCGCAAAGUCCCCCUACCCUACACCGUCGCUGGGUGCAGGUCCCUCGCAGUCGACCUCUCAGUACAACGCCACCAUGAGCAACUACCGCAACCACGCCACCAACGCUCGGACAGACCAGUCCAUGUUUGUCUCGCCCACAGAGUCAGACUUCUCGGAAAUCUACGACGCUCCUGAUGCCGUCCGGAAUUGGGACGAGGACAAGGUGGUUGACUGGCUGAAACGCAUCAACUGUGCCCAGUACAUCGAGCUGUUCAGGCAAAAUCACAUCAACGGCGAGAAUCUCAUGGAAAUGGACCAGACACACCUGCGAGACAUGGGCAUCAAGAAAGUGGGCGACCGCGUCCGCAUUGGCUCACAGGCAAAGCAGCUACGCAACAAGGAGUUCAAGAAGGCCUCCCGACGGACGUCCAACAGACAGUCACUGGCUACGCUCGACAAUUCAGCAUACACUCCACCUUCCGGCUCGCCACGGCCGUUGCUCCCGCCUACUCGGGCUGCUCCUAUCAGCUCACGAACAGAGAAGCGCAUGUCUCGGCAGAUUGCUCCUUCGGAAAUGAACUUCGCGUACGGCGCAAAGUCCCCAUCUCGACCAAGCUCCCCACUGGUCGACCAAGAAAAUCGCGUGCUCCGAGCUCAACGUCAGGCCGGCCUGAACAGCCCCAAAGAUCCCAGCAAAACAUAUGCCGCACAUCCCCUCAGCGCUCGCUAUGCGCCAACCCAACGGACCACGCCCACCGAGACUCCACAAACAGCUCGUUUUGCACAUCAUGUACGAGCCAGCCCCAGUCUUGAUAGCGCAACCAACAGUGCCAUCUUACCUCACGACAAAGCCUGGAUUCGAGUCAUUUACGAUGGUGGGCGAACGUCUGUUGUCACCAUCGAGGGAUGCAAGACAGCCGAGGAGGUGAUGCUCAAGACACUUAGGAAAGCUCAUCUCAACGAAGCGCACAUCAAAAACUACUGCUUUUACAUCCUCGACAGUGCCGAACCAGACCCGUCACUCGCUGAGCGCCUCAGUGACAUUGAGCUCUUUAGACUCUGCAAAGACUCGAACCGGCACGAACGAGGGCGACUGAUCUUACGCAAAGUGCACGCUGGAGAACCUGACGAGGAUCAACUCAAGGCUGCCGCUGGCAUAUAUGCCCAGCAAAAUUUCCAGCAGACGCAGAACAUCUACGUACCAGCGACGAACAGGAGUCAACUCAAGAUUGAAAAGUUGACCGGAGAAUCGCUUGCAGCUGUUAGCUAUCCUCUUUCGCCCGCAUCGGCGCGAGAACGUGAACGACACAUUAAUUCGACAGCACAGAACCUGGAGGGACCUGACAACUCUGUACGAUCGCCAGUCUACCAUGCACGUGCUCGCAAGCUGAAGCAGUUCUACGGUGCUCGACCUCCUAGCGAGCUGAUUACCUCCGACCUUACUUCGUACUUCCCCGAUGUGGAAAAGGGGGAGAUUGACAAGACUGUCCGCAUGUCUGUCCGCCGCUCGCGUCGCCUGAGUAAAGCUGCGUCUCGCCUUUCUAUGGCGUCGAACUUCAGCGUAGCUUCCAGCUUGAAGGACGCACCUCCUCUGCCCUCCAUCGCCGAUAGCUGGUUGCAGGGUGGGAAUCAGGCUAGACCGUUGAGACCGCUCUCCGUUAUGAGACUUGGCUUGCCCUCGCAACAUGGCUAUCGCGACUCCAUGGCGUCGUCUGUACUGGAGCCCCUUGACGAAGAAUCACCUCUGGAGCCCAAUCGAAAGUCGUACGUUUCAUUCGGUGACGGAAGCGGAUCUGACACUCUUGCCGUGACAGAUCCGGACGGCAACACUACCAUGCAGUCGUACUUCGAUGACGGCGGUAGCAGCCUUGCCGGCAGCAGUACCGAAAACACCGAGAAUGGCGACUCGCUUAACAAGCGCUUGUCUGAAGCUAUUGCUGAGGACGGCGAGGAAUACGAUGACGAGUUGACAGAAUACCUUGAACAGGAUUCUUGGGAGAACGUCAAGUACAUGAAAGGAGCGCUCAUAGGACAGGGUUCCUUUGGUAGCGUGUACCUUGCGUUACAUGCAGUGACUGGUGAGCUCAUGGCUGUCAAACAAGUCGAGCUCCCAUCUGCUGCGGGUACAUCGCAGAUGGACCACAAGAAGACCAACAUGGUGGAGGCCUUGAAGCAUGAGAUUGGCCUCCUUCGAGAACUGAAGCACAAGAAUAUUGUGCAAUACCUAGGUUCCAACUCUGAUGAGAGCCAUCUCAACAUUUUCCUUGAGUACGUCCCUGGUGGAUCAGUCGCUACAAUGCUGGUCAACUACGGGCCAUUGGGCGAAUCACUCAUCCAGAAUUUCGUACGCCAGAUCCUCACUGGACUCUCAUACCUACACUCCAGAGACAUCAUUCACCGCGACAUCAAGGGAGCGAAUAUUCUUGUCGACAACAAGGGCUCCGUCAAAAUCUCCGAUUUUGGUAUCUCGAAGCGCAUCGAAGCAUCUACCUUGGGUGGCAGCAAGAAGGGAGCCCAACGCGUAUCGCUUCAGGGCUCCGUCUUCUGGAUGGCACCCGAGGUUGUCCGCCAGACGGCAUACACACGCAAGGCCGAUAUCUGGUCACUAGGCUGCCUCAUCGUCGAAAUGUUCUCGGGAAGCCACCCUCACCCGAGCUUAACACAACUGCAAGCCAUCUUCAAGAUUGGCGGCAGCGGUGAUGCGAGUCCUACCAUUCCUGACAACGCUGGCGAGGAUGCUCGGGCCUUCUUGUCGCAGACCUUCCUCAUCGACCACGAGAAGCGGCCGAGUGCAGAUGAGCUCCUCGCAAGUCCCUUUAUCACAAAUCAAGGUGCAUAG